CGCAGGGAAAAAAUGCCCGAGGCUUGGAAAACAACGCAUUUAAAUGAUAUAAUUUUAAGCCAUAUAAAGUCACUUUGAUAGAGACACUUAUAAGAAACAUCCUGUACUCAAACACGGUGUUGUGGGCGUGGUUUUCACACCUGUAUUCGUAUAUCCGGAAAGAUCCGAGUUUGCUCUUCGGAUGAACGUGUCCCGGUGUUAAGCUAUAUAGGUUGGGGUCAGAGUGCAGGGUCAGCCAUGAGAGGGUUAAGGGCCUUGCUCAAGGGCCCAACAGUGGCAGCUUGGCGGUGCUGGGGCUUGGACCCCGAUCUUCUGGUCAACGAUCCAGAGCCUUAACCACUUGAGCUACCACCUCCCGGACAGGCACUGAUGUUGGAUGAGAAGCCUGCAGGUUGUGACAAUGGUCCGCUGAGAACCCUGAGCCAAUGUAACCAUUACAACAGAAACUCUUCAGCAGUUCCCUUCCUAAGUAAAACAGGUCCAACAUGUCACACCAACAAUCCCAGACAUCCAAGGGGGACCAGUCUCCUCUCCUUCUGGACAGCAUGCUCUCCUCCAAGCUUCAUCUGGAAAACCAGGCUGAUAGUUCAUCAUCAAACACAGAACUCACUGUACCUGGGCAGCCCCCACGGACUCCUGUAAUCCUUAGCACUCAGAGCGAAGUGGCUCGGAAGCUUGGAACCCAGCAGCUCAUCCCCAAAAACUUGGCUGUCACCAGUCGGCCAAAGAACCGCCACCACACCACGGUGGUCACGAUGCCUGUCGUCCGCGAGGCCCAAAAAAACAUCCAGCGUUUCUCUCAUGAUCCUGACCUCUUAUGGGAAGACUAUGACGGUGAUGAUGGUGGCUUGCGCAGGAACCGCAGGAACAAGUCAUACCGAGCUGCCAUCACCAGUCUCGAUGCAGAUUUGACCUGGAAGCAGGACCUACUGGUGCCUGUUAGUGAGGAGCAGGAGAAAUCACCCAGCCAGAAGCCAGCCCCCAGCUCUGGACACAAAAGAACCUUGGGUAGAAAGAGGAACCAGAAGCAUGGUGGAUCCUUUAAGGAUGAUCCACGGUUAUACCAGGAGAUCAAGGAACGAGGUCUCCAUUCAAACAACCUGGGACCUGAUGAUGAUGAUGACUUUAGCCAGAUACCAGAAGAGGACCAGGGUAUUAUUGUGAAGAACUACAAGGCAGCAUACAUGACCUGGAGUCAACUUCCUCAGGUUAAGGAGAUGGACAUUCUGGACAGCAUUUCACCUGAAGAGCGUAAGCGGCAAGAGGUCAUUUUUGAGAUUAUGACAUCCGAGUACUCCUACCUGCACAGCUUGGGCAUCCUGGUGCAUCAUUUCAAAAGCAGUGACGAUUUGAGGAAGACUAUGACUACAACUGAACACCAUCACCUCUUCUCUAAUAUCGCCACAAUCCAUGCCAUCAGCAAGCGAUUUUUUGAAGCUCUCGAAAGGCGUCAUCAAAUGAAUCCACUCAUUAAGGACAUCAGUGACAUUGUCCAGGACCACGCUGAGAAUCACUUUGACCCAUACAUCGUGUAUUGCUCCAACGAGACCUUCCAGCAGAGAACACUGCAGAAACUACUUUUAACUAAUACCACCUUUAAGGAGGUGCUGAAAAGAAUCGAGAGCAGUCCUGAAUGCGGAGGAUUACCCAUGAUCUCCUUCCUCAUUCUGCCCAUGCAGAGAGUCACUCGUCUGCCCCUGUUGAUGGAUACCAUCUGUCAGAAGACGACAAAGCAGACGACUGAAUACUACGCAGCUCGCUGGGCGCUGAAGGCAAUCAGUCGGCUGGUAAAAAGCUGUAAUGACGGCGCCCGGAGGAUGGAGCGCACCGAGCAGAUGUACACCAUCCAGAAACAGAUGGAUUUUGGAAAGAUUAAGCCAUUCCCGCUGAUCUCAGCCUCUCGCUGGCUGCUGAAGAGAGGUGAGCUGGCCGUGUUCACUGAGGACCUUGGGAUCUUCCGGAAGGCCUUCGGCCAUAAGAGCUCCUACCUCUUCCUAUUCAAUGAUGUACUCAUUGUUACCAAGAAAAAAAGUGAAGAAAGCUACUUGGUGUUUGACUAUGCCACUCUGGAGAAUGUGGAAGUUGAGGAGGUGCAGGCUGCUGACAAGCUCUACCUGCGGCUGGAGAUGAAACCUAACAGCGAGGGGCGCUGUGAACAGAUGUCUCUGGUGGCUGAAAACAAGCUGGACAGAGCUCGCUGGGUCACUGCUCUACGCUGGUCUAAGCAAGGCGGUAGUUCCCCUAUCAAAGAUGCACUUCCUCAGUAUGAAACCACCAAAGCAUAUAUGCCCAAAGAGCCAGAUGAGCUGAGUCUCCAGCAAGCGGAAGUAGUCAUCGUCUUGCAGGAAGUGGAUGGUUGGUGCUAUGGGGACAGGAUGAGAGAUGGAGAAAGAGGCUGGUUUCCAGCCAGCUGUGCUACACAGAUCACCAACCGCACUACCAUCGAGAACAACAUCCAGCGUAUGCAGCGACUGCGCAAAGAGACUGACGUCUGAGCAGAGACUAUACCAUAAAGCCUCUCUGACUAAACUACAGAAUACCUGCUAUCAAUUAAUACACAAAUAGCAGUUUCUUUUUUAGAGUAAGCAUGUGACCCUUUCAUAUUGUGAAUGAACAAUGCACUUGCCAGAGGGUAAAAAAUCAAACAACAGACCAAUGAGAAAGUUCA